AUGGCUAGUUUUUCUCCUAGUGAUGGACAUGUAUAUUGCUUUGUAUGCAAACUUUUUUCUAAAACACGUUCACAGUUUACCCAUGGUGGUUAUUGUGAUUGGAAAAAUGCUGCAGCACGUCUGGUUGAGCAUGAAACUUCUAAAAACCACUUGAAUGCUACAACUCAUUUUGCAGUACGAUCUAAAGAAAAAGGCUGUGUUGAUCAAGAGUUAGUACAACAAGCCGAAAGUGAAGCAAUAUACUGGCAAGAAAUUCUCAAAAGGUUGAUUAGUGUGAUCGUAUUCAUUAGUGAAAGAGGCUUGGCAUUUAGGGGUGAAAAACAAGUAUUUGGGUCACCGAGAAAUGGAAAUUACCUAGGGAUACUGGAGCUUAUAGCAGAGUACGACGACUUUUUAGACAAACAUAUAAAAAACAAUGGGAGCUGUGGAAGCGGUAACACUAACUACUUAUCAUCGACUAUUUGCGAGGAAAUUGUGCAACUUAUUAAAAAAAAGUUUUUAAUGAAGUUAUCUCUCGAAUCAAGCAGUAAAAAUACUAUUCCAUAUCGUUAG